ACCUUUGCACCCACAGUCACUUCCUCUAAGAUGACGCUUGACCCCACCUCCUGCUGUGCCACUCUGGGACUUCCUCCUAUUUCCAGCUGCUGCUGCUAACUUACUCUCCCUGUGGCUCCUGAGACAGACAAUCUCCGACUCUGUUCCUGAAGGAUUACGACCUGUGCAUCACCUGUUAUAACACUAAAAACCACGACCACAAGAUGGAGAAAUUGGGCCUUGGCCUAGACAAUGAGAGCAACAACCAGCAGACUGCAACCACCCAGAGCCCUGGCGACUCUCGCCACCUGAGCAUCCAGCGCUGUUUCCAGUCCCUUGUCCAUGCCCGCCAGUGUCGUAAUGCCAACUGUUCACUGCCGUCCUGUCAGAAGAUGAAGCGAGUUGUCCAACAUACCAAAGGCUGCAAGCGCAAGACCAACGGAGGGUGCCCUAUUUGCAAACAACUCAUUGCUCUUUGCUGCUACCAUGCAAAGCAUUGCCAGGAGAACAAGUGCCCGGCGCCCUUUUGCCUCAACAUUAAACACAAGCUUCGCCAACAGCAACUUCAGCACCGUCUGCAGCAGGCGCAGAUGCUCCGAAGGAGGAUGGUGCCCCACCAUUCCUGAGAACCUGAAAUCCCUGGCCCAUUCUACACCCCUCUCAAGAGCCUCAGCCCCCUGGAAGUCCCUCCCUCGUACUGUUCUCACCCAGGACCCCAUCUCCCCUACUCCACACCAGACCCCCUCCCUGCUGGCAAGCCUGGCCCUUGGGUGAUGUGUCUGUCUCUCUUCCUGGCUGGUCCUUGGUGCUGAGAGGUACCAUCAUGGUUUUGGCAACUGUCAGGUGAGGCCCCAGCCUGCUGCGCCUACAGAAUAGGACCUGGGUGGCUGCCAUGGCAUGCCUCCAGCCAUGAUGAGCAUGACCGCUAGUUACAAGAUCACAGCACAGGCAUCAACAAAAUGAAGAUCAGCAAGUGACAUCUCUUAACUGGCAAGAGAGUAGAAAACCCAGCCCAGUCGGUGGCAACCCUAUUUUCCAUGUACCUGCUUAAACGUGGUCAGGCUGUGGCCCAGGGGUCAUGCCCCCGCUCCAGCUCUGCAGCCUAGGAUACAGACUCUAAUCUACCUUUGGUAGUGGGGGUUGUCUCUCAGUGAUUAGUGGCUAUUCUGGGCUAGAACUGUUCUGUACUCACUGGUUGUGAAAAUGCUUUAGGAUAUUGUAUUCUUUUCUCGUGCAGUCAAACUAUUAAACAAUGUGUGUUCACCACGGUUA